GGGCGCAUUCUUCUCGCACUCUCCGGGGCGGGACUGCUGGGUCCAGCAGGAAAACUACAAGAAAAGAUGGCUGCGAUUAGGAAGAAGCUGGUGAUCGUGGGCGAUGGAGCCUGUGGGAAGACAUGUCUCCUCAUCGUGUUCAGCAAAGACCAGUUCCCGGAGGUGUACGUUCCCACCGUCUUUGAAAACUACGUGGCCGACAUCGAGGUGGACGGUAAACAGGUGGAGCUGGCUCUGUGGGACACGGCGGGCCAGGAGGACUACGACCGCCUCAGGCCUCUCUCGUACCCGGACACCGACGUCAUCCUCAUGUGUUUCUCCAUCGACAGCCCCGACAGCUUAGAGAAUAUUCCUGAGAAAUGGACCCCGGAGGUGAAGCACUUCUGUCCCAACGUGCCGAUCAUUCUGGUGGGGAACAAGAAAGACCUGCGGAAUGACGAGCACACCCGCCGAGAGCUGGCCAAGAUGAAACAGGAACCGGUGAAGUCGGAGGAGGCGAGGGACAUGGCGAACCGGAUCAACGCCUUCGGUUACCUGGAGUGCUCGGCCAAGACGAAGGACGGCGUGCGGGAGGUGUUCGAGAUGGCCACCAGGGCGGCGCUGCAGGCCAAGAAACGCUGCAAGAAGGGCGGCUGCCGUCUGCUAUAGAGGGUCCGGUCCCAGAGGGUCCGGUCCCAGAGGGUCCGGUCCCAGAGGGUCCCAGACUCAAACAUUCCUCCUGGUUCGUCAUCACAGAUUUAUGUUCAGCUCGACGGGGAAGAGUGAAGCUAAUUGAGCGCAGCCAUGAAAUAUAACCAACAGAAAGGGAGAAUUCACAUUUAGACAUUUAUGUUUCGCCUCUAAAAUAUUUUAAACCGGCGCCGAGGAUUGAACCGAACAGAGAGAACGAUUUGUUUCAUUCACCCAGAGCUGAAAGACUCGGCUCUGCGAAACACGUUUGGUUCUUUAAAAGAGACUGUUCAGACAUUUGAAGUGGCGUUCUGAGCAGUCAGUGUCUCACCUGUUGCAGGUAGCUCUUAGAAUGGAAACGCGCUUGUUUAUGCUCAGCAGACGAGAUUUAUCGACAUUUGGAUCAUUUCUCACUCGGGAAUCACGUGAAAACAAAACUCGACCUUCGGUUUCUUCUUCGUGUGUUUUCAGGCGACGAACACUUUUGGCUGAAAUAAAAAACUGUCCACGGUUGUCGAGCUCCGAGUGAAACGGACACAGAAAAGCGCAGCGAUGCUUCUGGCUGGAUUCUGACGAGUUUACGGAUUCAGACGUUUUAAGAAAAAACAUUUUUGUAUUUUUCUUUGAAUGUUUGACAUCC